GUCGAAAAGUAGUGCAGGUGAAGGGACGAACAAGGAGGGCAAUAGCGGUGCAAAGCGUGGUGCAGUGGCCCAAGUUCAUCAAAUUAUCGACAUUACGCAUCUGGCGACACUCAGCGGAGACCGGUUGCUACUUCCACCGCCAGUUGCUCCAGGGACUAGUACAGACCGUGAGGAGGAGUCGAAAGAGAUGCAAACCAAGGAAAACAAAGGCGAAGAGACAACCGCAGAAGCUGAUGACGCACUAUCCCCGGCUACAAAAUUGCAAGACAAACCCGAUGAACAAAUAAGGAACAAACCCGAAAAUAACCACCAGAACUUCCUCCCCCCACUUCCCUCCAAGCGCUACCGGCCGUACGUGAUUUUCCACUUGCACCAAAUAAAACUUUUCGACGGAUUGGAAAUCAAGCAACUGGAAGUUCAGGAGGCGCGGAAUCGGUUUCAGGGGAAACUCUCCAUGGAAAUGCUCGAGGAGAAACUCGGUCCGUCGCCCGCUUGUUUCUACGUCCGGACGAUCAAUCUGGAGUCGAGCAAGUUAAAAAAUCUCGGGAAGAAUUUGUUGACGGACGAAAUGUUUCCGUCGUUGCGGGAGUUGAUUCUAGACGACAACCCGAUCGGUGGAUUGGAUGGGAUCGGCCCGCUGGGGAAACUCGUCAUUUUGAAUUGCUCGAAGUGCAAGAUCGGGGACGUGAGGAAAUUGCUUGGAGGUGGAACGAGUGCUGUUGGUGGAACAACUAGCGCAGUUCAGAAUUCGUCAAAUCCCCUAGCGUUGGGAGGUCCUGCUCGUGGACCACAAGGACAACUACAAGGACUAGCGUCGAACCAGCAGAAGCAAAUGGGAGAACAAAAGGGCCUCCUUUCUAUCCCCAAUCUCCAAGUCCUAGAGUUGAAGCAGAACAACAUCGUCGACUUGUCUGCUAUCACCUUCCCAGCGUUGAAGUCCCUACGGUACCUGAAUCUGGAGCAAAACGAGUUGAGAAUUUUUUCAAACAAACCAUUUUCCCAAUUGGAAAACCUGCGGGACUUGAAUCUGGACAAAAACAAGCUACGGGUGCUGGAAGAAGAGGACUUGUUCGGGCUGGUGAAUUUAAGAGAAUUGCGUUGUGAGGACAACCUGAUAAAAUCUGUAAAGUUGAACGUGUUUGUCGUCCCGAAGUUACGGCGGAUUCUCCUCGGAAACAACCGGAUUAGCGACGUUUCGCUCGACGUGAUUUUGUCGGAAAAGGACCCAAAUUUGAUGAUAAACGACGCAACUUCAUCUGGGGCGAAUAACCAACAGAACAAUCAGCAGGCAGGUGGUACUAGUUUCAACAACCGGAGGGGGUCGAUGCCGGAGUUGAUUUCCAGUCAGUCGCAAGCGGCGGGUCCUUCCGGUGCAGGUGGAGCAGCAGGGGCAGCGUCAACAAACCUGCAGCGGCUUUACCCGAGCAACAUCCAGCCCGCGAACACGAAUGGGUUGACAAGACACGAAGGAAAUGGAGGCUCCUCCGGUCUGCCGGUCGAGAUGGUGUCGAUUUUGCAGCUCUCUUUCGCGAACAACGCCUGCACGAGAAAGCCUCUGUACCGUGCAACUUUGUUGACGAGAUUUCCGAAUUUGAGGAUUUUGGAUUCACUGCAGCUACUCGACGAGAACAACCGACCACUGGCCGAGACGAGGCCUUUGAAACAGUCGACGAGCGAGCAGUUUGCGGGGUAUAAUCUCCAGAUGCAGAAGAUGCAGCAGGGGGGUGGGGGUGCGGCUGGGAUGACGCAGAUGGGGGCUAUGGGCGGCGCGAUGGGAACAAAUAAUAACCCGGCCGCAUCCAUGGGUAUGCAGCAGGUAGUGCAUCAACCUCCGACCACGCCACCGGGCUUUACAAAUAACAAUCCUUCAGGACAGACGCCCCCGCAUCAAAGUGGUGAUGUAGGCAAUCCUUCUGGGGGAAUAAUCGAUCCGAAUCAGCCUCCCAUGCAGAGCCCGAAUCAGAGGAUGCGAGUGCAGCAAAUGCAGCAACAGAUCAUGCAGAAUCAGCAAUACAACUCCUCGCUUGGCGGGAUGAACGCACAGGUACAACAACUUCAACAAGGUCAACAGAUCAUUACCAGGACCACCGCCGCACGGGUUGUUGGUGAAAAUCAGCGGGCGCCGUUGCCUAGUCAAAACAUGAACAAGGGGGGAUUUCUGCCUGGAACAACUGCUGCAACAGGACCACCACAAAAUAUGGACCGCCGCGCAACCAUUCACGGAACUGGCACAACCACGGCGCACCAAAGUAGCAAUCGACAUCAAAAUGCGGUGGCAAAUUCAGUCAACUACGCUUUAUGGCAGCAGCAACACCCGAAUAGUAUGAACAGAAACGCGUCGGAUUACAAUCAAAACACGUCCAACUACGAGCCUUUGCACCCCGGGCCGAUGAAUCAGGCGACCUAUUUUGCGCAGCAAGCACAGCAGUACUCGCAGCAAGCGGCGAGUGCGCAGAUGAACGCAAUGAUGUACUACCAGGCUGCGGUAAUGGCGCAAUACAAAAACAUGAAUGCAGCAGCAGGGAACCUCCAACAGAACCCAAACAGGCCAAAAACCCCGAUAGAACGAGCCCGGGAAGCUGCUGCGGCGGCGAACAACAGUAGUAGUGCAGCAGCGGUCAAUGUUGCCAACAGUGGACAAAGUGCUUCAGGAUCCGUUUCCGGUGCGUUUUUGGUGACGUCGAAGGGCGUGGAGCAGGUGGAUAAGAAAAAGAUGAACACGACGACGAAGUAACGAAGUUUUUUGAUUAAUUUCAGAUUUGUGGUACAUUAGUUUCAGUUUUCAGGCGCGUCUGAAGUUUUUGCAAAAAGAACUUGGACGUCGACCGACCUCGACAGCAGAACUUUCUUUCAUUCAAUUACGUCUACUGUAACUGUGCUUGAGCACGUAAAGUUCACCAAAGAGUAACAAAAGUGAACGUCAUUUGAUUUCCUUUUCAUUUCCAAGGUUUUUUCAGCGCGCAAAGCGACGUUUCCAGAUCCAAUUUUGUACGGAAUUUCCUAGGCAGUCGAAAUUAUGAUGUGCUUUAUCAUUCGUUUCAGAAAAGAACAGCAGCGUCAGAUGCAAAAUGCGAUCGAGGAUGAAAAAAAUUGCUUAGGGCCUCUUCGUUUCAGUAAAGAGAGGCCAAACAGUGAAAAUGUUGAAAGUCCACAGUAC